CGCUCCUUUAGAUUUUUUCCUUUCAAAUAAAUAAAUAGAUAAAUUAAAAAAAUAUAUAUAAUUUUUUUUUAAUUUAUCUAUCUAUAUUUAUUUAUUUAUUUAUUUUUUUACGCUGUUAAAGCAAUCACUGGAUUGGCCGAAAUUAAAAGCAGCAAGUGUCUCGGGAGGUAAGUGGUUGUGCAUAAAAACAGCAUCGUUGCCUGGUAACCAAAAGAAGAAGAAGAAGAAGAAGAAGAACAACAACAACAACAAGCCAGCACUGUUUGUUUCCACGUGAAUGACGAACACACUGCUUUUCUGGGUGAUCGGCGUUUCACCAAGUGCACAAUUUCACCCAAUCGGAGCUCAGAGCGCGUCCUUAGCUUCUCCCCCGCCCAUCUGUACUCUAAUUGGCUGGUGGGUAAAUCCAUUUUCACACUCGGGGCUGAAUAAGAACUUGCUGCCAAUCUGAUAUGCUGUUGGAUCGGGCCUGCGUUUAAAAGGCAAAGAGACAGCAGCAGCAGCAGCAGCAGCAGCAAGGCGCCCAUGUCUUUUUAAAAUCAGGCCUCCACCAAGUCACUUUGAUCAUGAAUUACCCAUCAGCGGCUCCUACGCAGAGGUCCACGUCCUUUUUUAUAGAAGACAUCUUAUUGCACAAACCUAAACCUCUGAGAGAAGUGAUUCAAUCGCCUUUCUGUACCUCCGUGGCCUCCCGGAUGCCGAUCCUGGAGUAUGGAUACCCAUUGAUGCCAACGCCAGUAUUAGCUCCGCAUCCACAUCAUCCGCUCCACAAACCAGAACAUCACCAGUACUUCUUCACAUCUGGUAUGCAAAUGCCGGCCUUGUUCCAACACCACGCCGACUUACCGGGGAAGCACUGCAGACGCAGGAAGGCCCGGACGGUUUUCUCCGACUCGCAACUCUCUGGUCUGGAGAAGAGGUUUGAAAUCCAGCGAUAUUUGUCCACACCGGAGAGAGUGGAGCUGGCCACUGCGCUCAGCCUUUCCGAAACGCAGGUGAAAACGUGGUUUCAGAACCGGCGGAUGAAGCACAAGAAGCAGCUGCGGAAAGCCCAGGAUGAGCACAAGACACCCAGGCAGUCGGAGAGGAACGCAGAGAACUCAAGCGAGAGUGAAUUGACCGACAAGAGUGGCAAGGACCUGAAACGUCCACUGGAUCGGGACACGUAUUUGCUGGAAGACAACGACGACGAUGUGGAUAUCGAGGAUGAUAUUUGCUCCACGGAUCAUCUCCUAUAGUAGGCUGCGUGCAUUUCACAUGCAGCACAUUGGAUACGUUUGUAAAUAACUUUAUAUGAUUACAAAUAUUUAGCGUUGAGGGGCAAAAAAAUGAUAGGCCUAUAUUGUCAUGCUCAUUUAUGCACCGGCUGUGAUAUAUUGUCAUGCUCAUUUAUGCACCGGCUGUGAUAUUUAACAUUUGUCUCUUCAUCUCUGUAAAUAAAUUGGAAAUGAUGCAUAUGAUGCAACCAUUUCUGUUAGAACAUCUACUUUUUCGCAAACCGGUGCCUUCGGGGUUUUUUUUUUUUUUUUAAAUGCCGACGAAUAACUUUCUAUAUGUAGGCCAUAAAUUAUUUUGGAUUUAGUUUUUUUGUUUCAUCGCUAGACCCUGCUCUUAAAUAAUUUACUGCCAUUUAUAUGAGUUUGAAGUGAACUAUCGAUCUAUCUGGCGAUCAUUCCGGGGCCCGGUUUGAAGUCUGCGCGCGCGCGCGCGUUGUGCUUUUAAAAUGUGGCAAAUACAUGAGAUAUAGCGUAACAAAUAAAGGA